AUGCAUGCGUCAGUCGCUUUCAAAAUAUUUGCAGCCCUUUCUAGCUUUCUCGUUGUCUACUAUAUCCACUCCAAAAUUUCAGAGAAAGUUCUGAGCAACUACCAAGUCAGCGAGCCAUGGGUUUCGGAGAGCGAGAUGGUUCUUUUGACAGGAGGCAACGGAGGAAUCGGAAAACAAAUAAUGGAAGACCUUUCCGAAAGGGGCGUUCGUGUCGUGAUUCUCGAUAUUCAGCGACCAACAGAAAAGCUUCCGAAAAACGUAAUUUUCUACGAAACAGACAUCACGUCCGCAGCGUCUCUCUCCGAAGUGGCCACAUUCAUUCGAAAGACACACGGAGACCCCACGAUUAUCGUCAAUAAUGCCGGCGUCUUUUACCACGGUAGUAUCCUCGAAAAGUCAGAAAUUGAGCUGCGUCGGACAUUUGACGUCAACACGAUCUCGCAUUUUCUGAUCAUGAAGGAAUUCCUGCCUGCGUUGAUUCGUAAGAAUAAGGGCCAUGUUAUUACAAUGGCAAGUAUUGCAAGCUUUGUUGCUGUUGGCGAGAUGGUAGAUUAUUGCUGUUCCAAGGCCAGCGCACUCUCCUUCCACGAAGGCCUUCGGCAGGAAUUGAAACUUUGGUACGAUGCGCCAAAUGUGCGAACCAGUAUUGUUCAUCCUCUCUGGGUCAAGACCCCUAUGAUUAAGGGUUUCACAGAAUACCAAGGAGAGUUUGGCCAGCAGCUUAUGAGCCCGAAGGUCGUUUCGGAGGCGGUCUUAGAGCAUAUUUUCGAACGGAAAAGCGGCCAGAUUGUGCUUCCUCGACAUCUAAGGGUCGCUGGCUCACUGAGGGCUUUUCCGCUAUGGCUGCAAGAGCCAUCAAUAUUACAACCUGCAAUCAUGGUUCCGUAUCAUUACACAGAUAUCAAAGUUGAAGUCAAGGGUCAGAUCGGGAUUAUCAAAUUCAAUCGCCCCAAAUCUCUGAAUUCAUUUGGAGGCAAUCUCCUCGUAGAUACUUUGCACGCGGUGCGAGAGCUCGAAGAGAAUCCAACCACUGUGUUCACCGUCUUGACGGGAGAAGGUCGCUUCUUCUCGGCUGGUGCUGACGUGCGAGGUUCGCGGCCACUUGACGAAGGGGCGGAUCGCCUAACGAAAGUUCAACUGAAACUCGCCCACCUCGAACGUUUUUCAUUGGUAAUCGAGCUGCUCAAAUCACUCAUCGACCACAAAAAAGUAUUUGUCUUGGCCUUGAACGGCCCUGGUGUUGGAGGAGGUGCAGCUUGGUUCCAAGGAAUCGCUGACAUUGUCCUUGCUGCUGAAAACACAUAUCUUCAGGUACCCUUUAAUUCGUUAGCUUUGGUUCCAGAGGCAGGAUCUGCGACCAACUUCGCCAGACAUAUUGGUGUUCUUCGCGCGAACGACUUCCUCAUGUUUGGACGAAAGUUAACUGUGCAAGAGUUGGAAAGUUGGGGCUUGGUCAACAGAGUGUUUCCCGUUGAAGGCUUCCAUGAUUCAGUCGUCCAAUUUCUGGAGAAACAGCUUGAGAUCAAUGAUGGUGCUAGUAUGAUGGAGACGAAGCGGCUGCAGAAUAUUCCCCUUAGGAGUGAACGGGUCCUGGCCAUUUAUAAUGCCACCGAUGCGCUCUCAGAAAGACUUGCAAGUGGAGCGCCAGCUGCAAGGUUCAAGUCAAAGAAGGCCGAGCUUGAAGCAAAAUCCAAAUCAAGACUUUGA